AGGCGCACACAGGUCAGUUCAGACGGCCCGCUGCGACCACAGGGAAACUCAGCUCCAGCCUCAAUUUUCUGGAUACUUUGUAGCAAAGAGCGCAGCAGAGGCCUUUUCUUUUCUCUAUUCCUCUUCGGAAAUGAAGGACAUAUUCACUCCGGAUUGAAAAGGCCAACUAUUUAUAACAUUUGCUCAUUAAUUUGAUCCAAACUGCCAGUUUAGUUCAACUGUUUUUGCUACCAACAGUGGGAUUUAGACACCCAUAUCAUGGCUGAUAACAAGCACCCGCAUGUAAUUUUCUGCAACGACUCUCCCAAAAGAGUGCUGGUGUCCGUCAUCAAGACCACCCCGAUAAAACCGAGGAAAGCGGAGGCUCUGACGCCCACCAGCCCUGGCUUCAGCGACUUCAUGGUCUACCCGUGGAAAUGGGGGGAGAACGCCCACAAUGUGACCCUGAGCCCGGGCUCGGUGAGCGGAGCUGCAUCCCCCACCGGGACACAGACGGCCAGAGAGGCGGACACGGCGCCUUCACCCGACCAGAUAAAGGAUGGUAUCCGCAGAGGCAGACCUCGGGCUGACACAGUCCGGGAGCUGAUAAGUGAGGGGGAGACUUCAUCCAGCCGCAUCCGCUGUAACAUCUGCAACCGAGUGUUUCCCAGAGAGAAAUCUCUCCAGGCCCACAAGAGGACACACACAGGGGAGAGGCCCUAUCUGUGUGACUACCCAAACUGUGGGAAGGCGUUUGUUCAGAGUGGUCAGCUGAAGACGCAUCAGCGGCUGCACACUGGAGAAAAACCCUUUGUCUGCUCAGAGAAAGGAUGUGGCAACCGGUUCACACAUGCUAACCGCCACUGCCCCAAGCAUCCUUUCUCCCGCCUGAAGAGGGAGGAACCAAAGGAAGGCCAGGGGAAGGCUCAGUCUGUGGAUAACAAGGCUGUGGCAGAGUGGCUGGCUAAGUACUGGCGAACCCGCGAGCAACGCGCCCCAACAACCACCAAGGUGAAGCCACAGGGAAAGACAAGAGGGGAAGACCAGGAGCAGCAGGAUCCCAUGGAGUUCCUCCAGUCCGAUGAAGAGAACGGGGAAGAAGAAGAGAUGGCCGAGGAGGAGAAGGGCACCCAGGGAGGAGCAGCCAAGCGCCGCCUCCAGGAGCAGCGGGAGCGUCUCCAUGGGGCUCUGGCGCUCAUCGAGCUGGCCAACAACCUGUCUGCCUGAACGCCUCACCCACCUCCCUGAUCCUGGCCUCCCAUUCCCUGACCCUCAUACCUCCAUCCCCAGUCCGCCUUCCUGCAAUAUGUGCUGCCGCUAAAAAUUGCUCAUAAACACCGAUUAAUGAUUAGUUUAGCUUAUUCUAUAAAGUUGUGAAACCAGACUUGGAGGAGCUGAAUUAGCCUGAGAUCAGUGUUAUGGACAGAAUCAUCAAUUUCCCCCUCGCAGCACCAGGAAGGCACAAGCUAAAGCACCUUAUUCAGCUUACAUUUUAUCCUUUUUAGGCUGCUAUAAUUGUAGAUUUGACUAUAUGAAGAAUGUCUUUCUUUCUUCUGUCUUCUAAAGGCAAAAGAAAGAACACCUAUUAUGUUUUUAAUUUGUUUUGUUUGCACUUUGGUAACGAGUUUUUUGUAAGUAUAUUGUGAGAAUAAGAGAGUGUGAAUGACUGAUGUAUAUAUGGUUUAAGCUCAGAUGGACAGAAUGAUACAGGGUGUGGUCAAAUAUAGGAAAUGCUAAGCUGCAUUCCAACUGUCAGAUGGCCUCUCACCGUGUUCCCAGGUUUCAUCUCCGGCGCUAUAAGCACAAUUUCAUAGCCACUGAUGACAGCAGUGGUUGUUGAAAUGGACUGAGAAGGAUUUAAAUAGUUUUAGCCUCACCGGUACAGCUCUAUUUAAUAAGUGGUGAGCAAAGGUGGAGGAGAGGACACAAAAGUCAGAGGAGCUGGAUAAGUCUGACAUUUGAUAAGGGUCAUUUUUAUUUUUGAGUGAAAGGUAAUCAUUGCAAGCCUAAUCCAGAGGUCUGGUCAGGCACAAACUCUUCAAAGACUCCAAACUUUUACAGCUUUACCACUUGUCUCUAUAUUUGCCUGACACUACAAAACAAAUAUGGAGCUAUAGUCUCCUAUCUAAUGUCUUCUGGAUUAAGUUCAUUCAUAUUUUACAAUGUGAAGGUCCAGAGUACUCGUCAGGACAUACCAUGUUUCCAUUUUAAUGCCAGUUGUAAGUGUGUUUGACCGGCAGGCCAAAAGUUGUUUUCCAACCAGAGGGGAGAUGUUUUACAAUCCACGUCAGUCAUCUUUUAUAUUAAAAGGUGGCAGACCAGAUUAGACACCAGCAUAGCAUCAUAGUAGUGUGCGACAAUUCUACAUCAUCUCAUUUCACAGUUUAAGUUCUGACAUAUUUAUUUUACCGUAUUUUUCUUCUGGCUCGUGGUUUGUUCAUAUUUUAAGAGCUGGAAUCAUUUGAUAAAAGGGAAAAAAAAAUAUCCCACAACUGUAAAACACAACAACUUCAUCCCUUUGAUUUUGUUUAAGCACUUACCUGCCAUUAAGUCUUGGAUUAAGCUUGCAAUGCACCGAUUAGAUUUAAUGUCCAGGAAGAGGGCACUUGUUUUUUAUAAACUGAUUUGUGUAGUGCUGUUUUUUUUUUUUUGUUUUGUUUUGUUUUGUUUUAAAGCAACACUACAUCCUUCAACACUGUAAGAAGCCUCUCAUGUGUGCCCUGCCUCUGGUUGGUUUUUUUUUUGUCCACCAGAAAUGUCUAGUUGUGAUGUUUGAAUCUGAUUUACAAAUUACCUUUGUGGAGUUGCAGUGAAACUGGAAAGCAAACAAAAUUGCUGAUAAUCAAAAAACCCAAAUGAUUUAUUGUACCCAAUUACAGUAUAUUUGGAGGCAGUUGUAACCCUUCGUCUGUUUUUUGGUUUGAGAAAAUUAUGGCAUUUAAUAUAUACAUGUAGUGUUAGAAAUUUGAGCGCACAAUUUACAGAGCUUUGAUGUUUUUAAUUUUAGUUUCAGUUUUCCCCUCUGCUAACAUCCUCCAACAGCUUCCAUAUUUGAGUGUAUAGAGUGAUCCUGCUUGCUUGGUAGACAUUUUAUUACACAUCUUAAAGGUAAGACUUCUCUGACAGGCUGUCCACACUGUUUUGUUGAUCUUCAAUAAACAUUCACAGAACCUGA